AGCAAACAUAUUGUAGGCAUCCAUCAAAAGCCUUGAUAACUUUAUUACUUCAGUCUCAUAGCUGCUAUUGUAUCUAAGGGGUGUCGAAUUUUAUACAUAAAUGAUGUCUGUCUGUCAAAAAGUUUGAACUUUUAGCUGGAAAUUCCAACUAGGCAGUAUAGUGAGAAAUACUGCUACUUUAUAAACUUUUGAAGGACAAUAGAAGAUCAACAUGAAGAGUCUCCAGGAACCACGUGUUUAUUAUCCUGAAAUGACAGCUCAACAAUCAUGUGCAAUAAAUGCAGAAUAUCAUUCUAACUGGCAACAUGAGGAAAUGGAAAUCCUGCCGUCCAUGUUAAAGAGCCUUGGCAACAUAGGCCAUUAACUUGAGCAUGUGCUGUGCUUUACAAUGUAAGAGAGUUACACCUAGAACCAUACAGAAUAGUACAAUUGACUUCUCCAGUUCUAGGAGGUGCCAAACAAAACGUCAUAGAGUGGUACACAUUGGCCAAUGAUGGUGGGGUGAAGAGGAUUGAAUGUUUGGCCUCAUAGGUGGUGCUGUCAAAGAAUGAAAAUUUGCACUGUCAACCAUAAUACUCCCUCUUCCAUCCUCUUCAUCCAUUUAUUUUGCCCAGAAAUUGCCCUCAGUUUUUAGUUAGUGUCACUGUGCUGUGCUUGUUACCAGGUACAGUUGAGGAGAUGAGACAGUGUUGCCUGCACCAUGCCAAGGAGAAGAAGUGUUCUCACAACCCUUCUGAUUGUGCUACCAUGGACCAUCCUGCUGACCAUCUGGCAUCAGAACCCUGCUACUCGCUAUCUCACCAUCCUCAGAAAAGAAACCUAUGAAAACUCCACUGCGAAAAGCUUGCAGAUUUUAAUAAAUGUGACUCAAAUCAAAGAAGAACAACACACUGCAUGCGCCCAUCAGCAAGAGUCCACGCCUGCCCAGCAGACCGCACGCCGGUAUGUGUAUUCCAGGCCACCGGGAUGGUCCAGGUGGCUUCCCACCAUCUAUGUGAUCACACCAACGUACACCCGCCCUGUCCAGAAAGCUGAGCUCACCCGCCUAGCCAACACUUUUCUCCACGUUCCCAACCUGCACUGGAUCGUGGUAGAGGAUUCGCCACGGAGGACCAACUUGGUGGAUAGCCUGCUGGAGAGAAGUGGCCUCAAUUUCACGCACUUGAAUGUGGAGAGCCCAAAGAGUGUAAGGAUAGGUCUGGCCAAGGAUUCGUCUCACACCCCCAGAGGGACGUUACAGAGAAACCUGGGGCUGCGCUGGCUUAGGGAAAACCUGAUCCUCAGUGACUCCCUGGAGGGUGUGGUCUACUUCGCUGAUGACGACAACACCUACAGUCUGGAGCUCUUUGAGGAGAUGCGCUCCACUCAGAAGGUCUCUGUCUGGCCAGUGGCUUUUGUGGGCGGUCUACGAUAUGAGGCGCCCAAGCUAAACGCUGCAGGGAAGGUAGUCGGUUGGAAAACAGUGUUCGACCCCAAUCGGCCCUUUGCGAUUGACAUGGCAGGGUUUGCCAUCAACGUCAGGCUGGUGCUCAAGAGACCCCGGGCCAACUUCCAGCUGAACGGUGUCAAGGGAGGGUACCAGGAGACCAGCCUACUGAAGGACCUAGUUACCAUCGCUGAGCUGGAGCCAAAGGCCGCAAACUGUACAAAAGUUCUAGUGUGGCACACCAGAACUGAAAAGCCUACAUUGGUCAAUGAGGGGAGACAAGGAUUCACAGACCUGAAGGUGGAAGUCUAGACAAUGGACUCCCUGCCCUAUGAGUCAGGCUGUUUGAAGAUGUUGGCAGUUUUAAGAACUGCAUGUGUUUAUAAAGCUUACUGCACUGAAUGGCUGCCAAGGCAAGGCAAACCAACGGAAGAGGAAACUGCAAGCCACAUAGUCUCUGUCUUUCGCCACGCUGGCUACAAGACUGUUGCAGUACUGCUCAAGACCAAGCACUUCAGAGAAGAAAAGUACUGCAAACUUCGCCCGACCAGCUCCACAAAUAUAACUACUCUAUACUUUCUAACCGUUCAGAAUAUAAUGGUACAUAUUAUAUUCACAGACUCCACUUUGCACUCUCACUGAUACCUGACUCAUAUUCCAAUAUAGGACUACAGAUCAAAUUUCGGUUAAAAAUCCACAUUGGAAUUUUUUCAUUUUUACUUUAACACACUGGCUGACUGGCAGAAUAGUAUAGAAUUUGUGAGGCAGGAGAAUCAGAGCGUGCUACUGAUACUGCAGAGAUGGCCUGAAUGAAGCACUGCACUGUCAGAUACGGGAGCACAUUUCUAACUGCCAGCUAACCAUGCAUGAAAUAGCAAUCAAUGUGCAGAGAGGCAUUGAAAUAAUAACCAAAUACUAUGCUACGGUGCAGUGUUAAGUCCAGUAUACACAGACAGCCUAUGUGUAUUUGAAAGUGGCUUGGUGCUGGCAACAAGCCACAUGUUGCUUAAAGUUUCUUGCAAAUGUUGCUGGAUUAUUAGAGUUAUAUGGAACUAAUGACAUUACAAAGUUUAAGAGCAGGAGGCCACAAUGGAAGCUUAUAUUUUAAUUUCUGCGUAGAGACGAUUUGUCACUGUGCACAAACACACACAGGUCCUCUGAUUUUCAAAGCCUUGAGUUUAAACUCAAAACUCCGUAACAACAACAUAACAAAAAGUUGGGAGACACCUACAGAAAAUGUCAUGGUAUUCCUGUCCGUUGUCUGCAAGGUUAUAAAGUGGAGUAGCCAUGUUGCAUGUUUUGACCUUAAUGGACACCAGAGAAAACACACCUGGUUUUCUUCAAAUGAUGGUCAGGGUUCUUGAUCACAAAGUAGACUGGGUGACUUAAUGUCUUCAAAGCAGCCCUUCUUAAAGCACGAUGUUCCCUGCAGUCAAGUUAGGGUGACUAACUCCUGGCCUAGAGCAGAGCUACCAACACCACUUAAUACACUGCAGCGCCUGGUUUCCCUCGGAGGUCUCCCACCGAAUAAGCAGGCUCAGCCCUACUUUGGUAGCUUUAUGUUUUGUCCUCGCUCUAGCAAAAAUACAUGGACAAUUAGGAAAUUGUGAGCAAAUUGGGAGUUUCAAAAGAUCUGUUUCACUCAAAUUAUAAAAAUGGGUUGCCGGAGAGGGUCAUUGGAGCAACAAGGGUUGGAGUUUGGGGAUUUGAGGGGAUGAUAAUGAACUGGUAAAUGGCUAACAGAGUAUAGGCCAGGCUCAUUGGGAUGAAUUACCUUGAAUUGAGGCCUUAGAAUCUUGUCAUUGACCUUAAUUAAGCUUGCAUAGUAGCUGGGCCUAGUGGGUAAUUGGGUUCCUCGUUGAGUUUGACUGGUUGUAAUCAGUACUGUGUUAUCAUUGUCUUUGUUUUACCACACCUGAAGUAGCACUUGAUUUGUUAUUUGUUUAUCUUGUUGUCCUACACGGUACCUUCAGAAGACACUAAAAGAUAUUCAUUUUCUUGAUAUCAGUACCGAAAAUGUUUAACUUUUGUAUAAGCUUUCAAGCACUUGACAGUUGAAGGAUGACAUUGCAGCAUUUAAUAUUCUGAUUAUUUUGCAUAUUUGUCUAA